UCUAAAAUCUUUCGAACCCGAUUUUCAACGUGAAUGGUGAAAUCCCUGGGGAAACGUGCUCUAAAAGACUGGAUUUACGCGCGAAUCCUUGGUCGCUGAUCCGCUGUCAUGUCCAGGAGGUUAUCGUGGGUGUGUAUGGUGGGCGUGGUCUGCUUGACAUGGGUCUGGGCCGGUCAGGGAGUGUGGGGAUCCAAGUUGAAUGUUCCCCGCGUGUUGCUGCCCUUCAGUGAAGAAGGCACUCAAUUCGUUUUAUUCGCCCAUGAAAACGAUGACAACGAUAAACGCGGAUGCUUUAAAUGGAAAUCGUCGCGACCGGAAUUGGUGAGCAUCACGCCCGUGAAUGAGGAUCCGAUUCAAAGUUGUUCAAGCUCGGCCGUGGUGUCCUCGGUGUCCAAGAGUCGCUCUUCCAAGGUUCAAAGCGUGAUCACGGCCGAGGACGUCCAAUCCCCGGGUCACCUUCUCCGGUGCGACGUGAUUGUGGACACCAUCCACGCCCUCCAAAUCGUGACCAAGACCCAUGAGCUCUACCUGGAAGAGGCCCCCGAGGAGUUCGAAGUGCGAGCCUAUGACGACCAAGGCAACGAAUUCAGCACCCUCGAGAAGAUCAUCUUCAAAUGGACCAUCGACAACAACGUGAAGAAACCCGGGACAAUGGGUGACAACAUUCGGUUCAUCAACUUCCGAGACUCGACCUACGCCUUCGAAGACACCUUAAUGGCCAUUGAGGCUCAAAACAAACAGGGACGGAAGGUUCUCUUGGAGGGGAUCAAAACGGGCUCGUCUAAGGUGUCGGUCAAGUUGGUGGCUCCCUUGUACACCAAGGUUCCGCCCGCCAUGGUCAACGUGAUGUGUGUGGCCAAUCUGUAUUUGGUGCCCGGGAACGCCUAUGUCAUGAUGGGCGGGUACGUUACCUACCACGCCGAGCAAAUCAAAUCUAACAAGAUCCAUCAGAUCAAGCUGCCCACCCAACAAUACUUCCUGACCGUGGCCAACAAGGACUUGGUUCGUCUGGAAUCCGAAUCGUCCUCCGAGGUGGUCGGAUUAGCCUUGGGAUCCACCGAGGUCUACCUCAACGACCACAACGUUCAUCCCGACGAUCUGGUGCGUCCGCCCACUGCCGAUAUCCAUGUGGUCGUGCCCGCCUACAUCACCCUCAGUAUUCACCCUUACAACAACUGGAACGUGUUGAUCAACAACAACUACGAGAUCACCGUCGAGAUCUUUGACUCGAACAACAACCGGAUCCAUCCCUCAGCCAACAUCGUUAUGAAGGUGGACCUCCCUCAGGAGUACUUCAAGACCCAGGAGAGUAGUCGAAACGGCACCUGGCACUUCGGUCAGCCCAUCAAAGUCGGCAUUGCCGACGUGAGCGCCACUUUGUUCGGGGUCAAAGACCGACACGGCCAACUGAUCGAGCUCAAGACUCCACUGAGCACCUCGGCUCAAUUGGAGAUCUUCGACGGAAUCCUCCUAGAUCCGGCUUUGGCCGUGUUCCCUUGGGACCCGGUGAGCCGUCCGUCCUUCGAAUUCCAAUACGUGGUUCAAGGAGCCGGCUCCCCGUUCCUCUGGUCUUCGGCCAAUCAAACCGUGGCGACGGUCACUCAGAAUGGCGUGGUCAAAACCAACCCGGACAAUGUGGGCGGAACCGAGGUGAAAGCCGCCAUGAAUCGGGCAUCCCACAACUUUGGGCGGGCUCGAGUGUUGGUGAUCCCCACGGGUGGAUUGAAGAUCUUGAACCACGUGAUCGAGCGUGAGAUCGGAUCGGAUCUGGACGUUCCAUUGCAGUUCUUCGCUCAGUAUGAGGGCAAAAGACACGUGUUCACGCAAUGCCACAAACUGGUGCCCGUUAUUGGUCUCACGGACGAGAGGGUCUUUGUCAAACGCAGCCAACAUUUGGCGGGGGUGUCCCAGGGAGAGUUCAAGACCAAGGACGCUUGUGCUCUGAUCCACUUGAGGGCUCAAUCUCCGGGAUUCAGUGAUCUCAGCGUGUCCUACUCCUAUCCAGGAUUUGACGGCCAAGCCGUGAAACUGCACGACGCCGUCACGAUGGCCGCCUUCAAGCCACUUCUGCCCGUGCAACCGUUCGAGGGCGACGCUCUUCUAGCCGUGGAAUCGAGUCUGAACAUCGUGUGGGCUGGAGGUCCAUUGCCGUGGAUCAAGAAGCCCGAGGGCCAUUUUCACCAUUUGACCGUUCAAGACGAGUCCGUUGUGCGGGCUGGAUCCCGAAUCCUCUCGGCGGGAGCCGUUUCGAACACGUUGUUCGCCUUUGAAGUCGAGUGUCUCAAGUUGGGCGAGACCGAAGUGACCCUUGAAGUGGGGAAUCGGAAGUCGCCGUCCUUACCUCAACCCGUGGUGGUCUCGUCCAAGAUCAAGGUGAUCUGCGGUCAGCCAGAAUCGCUCGAACUUGUGGCCGAGGUGCCGUUGCCCGAGAAUACGGACAGCCCGUGCCCGUUGACGGCUAGAACGGGUAGAGUGGCCGCACUCUCUUAUGAGGAUCUCAAGAUUAGGGUCACCGUUCUGGACGCCAAGGGCAACAAGUUCCUCAACAUCUCGUCUUUGGACAUGGAUUGGCAAUUGUCGGAUGACAAUUUUGGCCAACUCUCCAAACAGCCCACGGAUCAAGAUGUGUCCAUCCUCGGGUACAAGCCCAUUCAGGACUCGUAUCAUGUGCUCAAGACCCAAAAGAGGACGGGAUCCUUGGACUUGACGGCCAACGUGAAGAAGAGCUCGUCCUACUUGGGCUUUGGUGGGGUCUCCAACACGCUCAAGGUGAAUCUCGUCCAGGAUGCCUCGGUCACGCCCAACACCAAGAGCGUGUUCAACCACCCCGACAACCGGGAACACGUCCACGUCAAGGAUGGCUCCGGGUUCUUCGCCAUCGACUUGAGUGCGCCCAAUGUGGCGGAUGCGAAAUUCCUGCCCAACAACCAGACCGUGUCCAUCCGACCGUUGAACACGGGCGACGUGACCUUGACCCUGCGCGACUUGUGCCUGCGGUCCAAACGCUCGCCCGUCGUCAAUAUCUAUGUGAGUGGCGUGAGUCGCGUGGAUUUGAUCAUGAGCGACAAGGUCCAACAAGGCAAUCGCGUUCAUGCCAAGAUCCGACUUCUCGAUCAUCACGGAGAACCGAUCUCCUCUUCGGCCCUCAAAUACUUGACCGUGGUCCCCACCCCAGCCUCGAAAAUAGUGGAACUCCGCCCCAAAGACCAACCCGAAGAUCUGUUGUUCACCGUCAAGGGUCUGGAAUUGGGCGAGACCACCGUGACGGCCAAUGCCAAGUUUGGCGUGCAGACCGUGUCCUCCAAUCCGGCCUCGAUUCAAGUGUUCCCGCCUUUGGAGCUGGAGCCUCGAAACAUCACGCUUCUCAUUGGUGCCAAGUUCCAGGUUCGGGUUGUGGGCGGGCCCAAUGUGGGAUCGGAUCUUCGAUUCGCCCUAUUGGAUGGCGAGAAAACGGCCAAAACCAAUCAAAAUGGACUCAUCGAAGGCAUGACCCUGGGAUCCACGCGAAUGAUUGCUAAGGCGGUGGGCGUGGAUAAGGUCACUGGAGAGGCCGUUGUCUACUCCGAAGAUCGCGUGGACGUCCACGUGGUCAAGUUUGGCGGCCUCCGCAUCCACGCCCCUCUGACCAAAGUUCGAGUGGGCGGGGAAAUGCCCGUGAUGGCCUAUGGCACGGAUGAACAUCAGAAUCCCUACAGUCAUGGAUCCGCAAUUCCCUACCUGGAUCUGACCUGGGACAUUGGCCACCAGGAAUCCGCCGAUCUCGUGAGCGUCUACCACCGCAACCACUUGGAUCUGGGCAAGGACAAUAACGGCGUGAUGCGAUUCAUCGCCCGGAAACCUGGCCGAGUCACCAUCAAACUCCACGGCAAGAUCACCAAAUCCAUCCCUUUGGCGGCUCAGUUCCAGUUCGAAAACGAUCGACCGCUCUCCGACACCCUUGAGAUCCAAGUGGUGGAGGACCUGGACCUGAAGUCGCCUUGGCUGGAAGAGAACACUCUGGUGAUGAGCACGAACUCGCAAUAUCAGCUACGGACCAAUCGAGACUCUCAAGGGGAGCUGAGGUACUCAGUGCUCUCCAAGAGCAACGUGGGCGAUGCCGUGAGUGUGAGUGAGAAUGGCGUGAUCAAAGCGGGUCGAAACGUCGGGACGUCGGUCAUCUUCAUCGAGGACAUCGAGGACUAUGGACUGGUGGAGCGGAUGAGCCUCGUGGUGGAUGUCAAGCCCAUUUCCUACAUGAUGAUCAACGUUCACGAAGCUUUUGAUGUGGCUCCGGGAGCGAUCAUGCACAAGCUGCCCAAAGGCAUCACCUUGCCUCUGAGUGUGUCCUACCAUGACAACACUGGUCUGCGAUUUGAUGCCACCAAUGCGGAGACCAGUUAUCGACCCAGUCGAUUUGACACGGUCUCCAUUCGGGAACAUUGGAACAACUCGUUGGCGGUUGAGCUCGUCAAAGAGGAAUACACCGUGCUCAGAUCGUUUGCCGGACUCAAAUCCCGUCCUGAUUUGCAAGAUUUUGUCAUCUUCAACGUGGAAAGAGGCAUGUAUCCGGACAUGAGGCAAUCCGUGAUGAUCGGGGACGUGAUCGAUCUGGAUAAUCUGGUGGUAGGGGAUCUGGAGGAAGCCAAUGCCGGGUCUUGGAUCUCUGAACCGUACGGCAAGAUCCAGAUCGACCCGCAAACCGGAAUGGCCACGUGUCUCCGCUCGGGCCUGGUCAAGGUCACCUACAACAUUGGACGCGAUCAGAAGAUCUCGGUGGAUUUCGUGAUCAAAUCCGCCGCUAAGGUCAUCUUCGACACCUCGGCUGUGGUCGUCCGAUCUCCCGAUGCUCAAUUCGUGCCAUUCCUGGUGCAAUCCGAAUUCGGCAACGAGACCUCGAAUUUCUAUGGCACCGAACGAACGGGAUCCUCGAUGAUUGUGGACGAAUCGCCCUUAUUUUCUUGCUCGGCCAAGUUCUUGUCCUACGAUCACAAACUCGCCGAAUAUUACAAAGUACGAGCCGUCUUCCACCACGGAUUGCGCUCGCAUGCCUGCGAAUUGACCCCGAAAUCGCCCUUACUUCAAUCCAAAGCCACCUUGAUCGACUCGAAUAUCGAGUUGCGAGUCGUUCCAGAAAUCGAGCAUUCCAUCCGAAGCACAAUCGGCACGUUUCCAUUCUAUCCCGGAUUUCAUCUCCAGCUCGAUGAGCUCCAACUCUCCAAUGCCGAACCCUCCGGAGUGAUCGCCAUCCAAGGACUUCCAAACGUGUUGUCCGGGCUCAAAUUGGAAGCGUCCAACGACCAAUUCCUCAGCCUGGGACGCGAUUACUAUGAAGGCCAAACCGUCCGAAUGAUACCCGUAUACCUCCGAUCGGCCUUUUGGCACGAGGCCAAGGCCGGAGAUGGACUCUCCGUGUCCAUUCACACCCUGCAAACAGCCCACUCCAUCCCCGUGAAGGUGAUCUAUGCCGGUAGUACGUGCACCAAUACCGAGCUGAAUUGGUCUUCCCUGGUGUACUUUGUGCUCUCGCACUACCAAUCCCUGCUCUUCAUCGUGUUCUCGUGCAUCAUUUGCAUCCUCCUCACCAAGAUCCUUCUCAAAAACAACGCCUCGUCCUCCUCGUCUCAGAGUAAUGUGGCCCAUCAAGUCAAAACCGCCACGGCCAAUUCGACAUCGCUCAAAUCGCCGAUGUUGGCCUCGCCCUCGUCCCCAUUGAACGUGUCCUCGGGACGGUCCCCGUAUCUGUGGACGGUGGACAAUAGCUCGCCCAUUUAUGGCAGUCCCGAGAGACGAGCUACGACCUCACCUCGACAUCUGGGACAGUUCUCGUACUCGGAAACGUAGAUUUCCCCCCAAAGUUAUGAUCAUUCUCUUUGGCUGUGGCUUGUUGUGAACGACUCAUCGAGCUUCCUCAAAUUCAUGUUCCCAGUUCCCCGUCCCCCAUUCCCGUUUCAGUCAAUUCCUCCGUAUUCGUGGAUGUAAGAGAACAUUCAGUAAAUUUAUGUAUAUUCUGGUGGGUCGAAGAUGAACUAAACGGGCAAUAAAAAUGCGUAUUGUUUGUAUAUAAAUA